AUGGUCUACCACAAACGAUACAUGGUAACAUUGACCGUACCCAAGACAUUCUUGACCACGCUACCACAAUUCGCCACACCGCAAGCAAAGUCCCGUCAGAAGAAAGCUGCCGAAAAAAAGACUGGUGCCGCUAGUAUAGCUGGGUCCAAGACGUCAUCUCCAGCACCCGAUUCAAAGUCCAAAGAACCCAAUGCCAAGGUGACGAAGCCCAAAUCAACCAAAAAGGCCAAAACAUGGGUGAAGAAGCCGCUACAGUUUAAAACGUUCUCUGGGUUCAAGGUAAAGUACGUAACAUGGCGUCAGAAAGAACCACGAAAAGAGAGUAAAGCAAAAGCAGAAGCAAAGGCGGAAGCAAAAGCUGAGAAAGCAGAAGCAAAAGCAGAGGCAGAAAGAGCAGAAAAAGACAAAGCUGAUGCCGAAGUGAAUGAAACUCCAGAAACCAAGGAUAACACACCAGCCUUGCAAACGGUCCUGGAAGGUGUCACAGAAACUGAACCCAAAAUAGAACCACCCGCCGACAUCGAAAUGUCUGCUAUAUAA